AUGCUCAUACCACAUUUCGACAGUGCCGAAAGUAUAGAUCUAGAAAAUUACGAGCCAGAACCUCUCAAGCCCAUAACUUAUGUCCCACUUCGUCCCUCGCACCUCCCUCAAAUCCACGACAUACUCCGACGGUCCUUCUGGACUGGGGUUGACGUAUCAGACUCGCUCAUAUAUGCUCCAACAAAAAGCACCAUCGUGGCAACAUAUGGGCACCUUGUCGUCGGAUGCGCGUUCUUGAGCUCGCCAGUGGAGACGUAUAUCACUUAUCUCGCGGUGAGAGCGGGCUGGGAGAGGGCUCAGAUUGCUACGUCCAUGCUCUACCACCUCAUCACCCGUAACCCUUCGCGCGACAUCACCCUCCACGUCUCCGCUAACAAUCCUGCUAUGCUUCUAUACAACCGCUUCGGCUUCAAAGCCGAGGAGUUCGUCGUCGGCUUCUAUGAAGACUACCUCGACCCACAAUCUCGAGCGUCCAAAAAUGCCUUCCGGCUGCGACUGCGUCGAUGA